ACUAGGGUUUUUCAAGUCACUAUAAAAUCAACACUUCACAUAGCGAGUUUGCAACUCAGUCACAGUCAUGGUAUCCGGGGAAUUUGAGAUAGGUGCCGUGCCUUUUAACGCCGACGGUUGGGGACCGCCAGAAUCCAGCACCACCGCCACCUCAACGCUCCCUCUUCACGUGCCGUUCGCUCCAUUCUCUCGCUCGGAGAAACUUGGUCGGAUCGCAGAUUGGACUCGAAACGUUUACGCCAAUCAGUCUAACCGCCCGAAUACAGCCAACAAGAACCCGGCCGAUACUGUUUUCGACUUUUCCGCCGACGACUCGUUUCCCUUGUCUGCGAAUCCCGACGAUGAUUCCUCCUUCCGUCUCGUAGACGGAAAGCCCCCACCCCGGCCCAAGUUCGGCCCGAAGUGGCGGUUCAACCAGCACCACCGACCUCAGCUCCCGCAACGCCGAGAUGAGGAGGUGGAGGCUCGUAAACGCGAGGCAGAGAAGGAGCGGGCCCGCCGCGAUAGGCACUACAAUCUCAAUCGCUCGAAUGUGAACCAGCCGCGUCGCGAAGCCGCAAUUUUCAAGUCGUCGGUUGAUAUUCAACCCGAAUGGAACAUGCUUGAUCAAAUUCCGUUUUCGACUUUCUCCAAAUUGUCGUUUAGUGUGUCGGAGCCUGAAGAUUUGCUGCUUUGUGGAUCUCUUGAGUAUUACGACAGGUCGUAUGAUCGUGUGACGCCAAAGAAUGAGCGUAGACUGGAGAGAUUCAAGUAUAGGAAUUUCUUCAAGGUGACUACAACUGAUGAUCCAGUGAUUCGGAGACUGGCUAAUGAAGAUAAGGCUACUGUUUUUGCCACCGAUGCCAUUUUAGCUACGCUUAUGUGCGCACCCAGGUCAGUUUAUUCGUGGGAUAUUGUAAUUCAACGAGUUGGCAAUAAAUUAUUUUUUGAUAAAAGAGAUGGGUCACAGUUAGAUUUGUUAUCUGUGCAUGAGACUUCUCAAGAACCGUUGCCUGAAGCUAAAGAUGAUAUUAACUCGGCAUAUUCUUUGGGUGUUGAGGCUGCCUAUAUUAAUCAGAACUUUUCACAGCAAGUUUUGGUGAGAGAUGGGAACAAGUUGACCUUUGAUGAGCCGAACCCGUUUGCUAAUGAAGGAGAGGAGGUGGCUUCAGUGGCUUAUAGGUAUAGGAGGUGGAAGCUUGAUGAUGAUAUGCAUCUUGUUGCUAGGUGUGAGGUACAGAGUGUUGUGGAUGUGAACAAUCAGAGGUCAUUUUUGACAUUGAAUGCGCUUAAUGAGUUUGAUUCAAAAUACUCUGGUGUUGAUUGGAGGCAGAAGUUAGAGACUCAGAGGGGUGCUGUUUUAGCCACUGAGUUGAAGAACAAUGCAAAUAAGUUGGCAAAGUGGACAGCACAAGCUUUGUUGGGAAGUGCUGAUCUGAUGAAAUUGGGAUAUGUUUCGAGGGUUCACCCACGUGAUCAUUAUAACCAUGUAAUAUUGGCUGUUAUGGGGUAUAAGCCUCGGGAUUUUGCUACCCAGAUUAAUUUGAGCACUGCAAAUAUGUGGGGCAUUGUGAAGAGUAUUGUGGAUCUGUGCAUGAAGUUGAAUGAGGGGAAGUAUGUGCUUGUUAAGGACCCGUCUAAGCCACAAGUGAGGAUCUAUGAGGUUCCACCAGAUGCAUUUGAGAAUGAUUAUGUGGAAGAGCCCUUGCCUGAGGAUGAGCAGGUACAGCCACCUGUGGAAAAUGCUGAGGGAGUGGAAGCAACUAAUGAUGUAGAGGAUAAAGUGAUUGACGCCCAAGCUUAGUGAGGUAAAAGUUGAUUUUUUUGGAGAUCAGAGGCCUGCUGGUGACUGGUGUUUGCAAGGUUGUGAUGGGUCAGACCGCUAAGCUCCAAGGAUUUUUGGCUUGCUUCCAUUUUGAUGUUCUCAACUUGCAAAUGAGUUUUGGUAGUUGAGCAGAAUAUUUUGUUUAAGAUAGUUUAAGGAGCUCCUUCGAAGACUGUUGAUCUUGAGAUUUUCUGGUUCUCCCUUUUUUUUCAAUUAAUUAUUAUAUAAACCUAAUCUCAUUGUAAUGCAGAGUUUAUUCAGAGGGAUAAAUGAACCUAUAAGUUGUCUUGGGGUUUUUGUUGAGUGCAUGGCUAAGCUAGCCAUUAGUAUAUGGAUUCUGCUGAACAGGUUGCUUUUGAAACCGAAAUAUGAGAUGGAACUCUACUGUGUCAAAUUAGGGGUGGGCAAAAGUAUCCUUUUGUUAUGGGUACAAUGAAAUAACUGAAAGCUGUUAAUUCUACACUUUAUGAACCAUUUCAGUCCGGUCAAACUGAACUGAAUGGAAAAUUCACGAUUUGGUUUGGUUUUGAUU